AUGACAUUCAAUGAGAUGAAAGAAGUUUAUGGUGACGCCGCACCAUCAUAUGACGUAGAUAAGCACUGGCAUCACCAGUUCAAAUAUGGUCGGACAAUGGUGGAAACGGCUCUUAGACGAACACAUUCCGCCAUUUAUGCCGACACCAUCCAUAAAGUAGAAGCCGCCAUUUUGGAGGACAACCGCAUAACUAUUCGGCAAACAGCUCAAGAAGUGAAGAUAAGUGUAGAGUCUGUGAAACAAAUCUUUCACUACUAUUUGCACAUGAGGAACUUGUCUACCCGAUGGAUUCCCCGGAUUCUCACACCUUUUCAGAGGCAGGAACGAGUCAAUUGCUCUCAGGUUCUUUUGGCAAUGCGCCGAAAAAAAAAAAACGGGGAGGACUUUUGGCAGAUUUAUGACACAGAAUGA